AUGAUCCGCUCGAAUAGGUGUCUACGCACUCACGGCACUCUCAAACUCGACGCGGUCGAAAGCGGUGGUGGCCACAGCGUCCAGAUCACCUCGACCCAUUCGAAUCCGAUCUUCAUCCGGACCGGAGUGGACGGCGUGCUGAACAUUCUGGCUAAAGAUUUAACGGCCACACUGCAGAAGGGGGACAAAUUUGCCCUGCUGCCGGAUCAGUACUGGUACGAGAUUCGGUUCGGGGAGGUUGCCACGGGACCGGAAGUGCCGGCGAACGGCGAAGUCACAUCUACGGGAGUAACGCUGCGCGUUCGAACCAUGGAGGAGGUCAACAGUGGACCGAUUCCGGAUGCUUCAGUCGUCGUUGCUGGGGAGAAGCGGAAGAACAGCGGGGAAGAUUCAGAGGCAGAUUCCUCGAAGAGGCACAGAAGCGAGGCCACGGAAGAUGGCGUCGUUACGUCAAAUCAAAACCCGAAAGAAGAAGCGGCUGCCGCCGCUGCUUUGGAAUCGCCGAGCUUCGAAGCGACCACUCCCACAGUUGUCAAACCUGAUCCGGACGGUGAAGAAAAUGAAGCUGCCGAAGGCAACAGCACCGGCACACAACCCGAUGCAGCUCCCGCCGUGGAGGUCAAAAAGGAAACCGCCGACAGCACCGGUCCUCCGGUGCGGCCUUCGUGCCAGUUCGGCAUCGCGUGCUACCGUCACACGGCGGACCAUCGGGCCGAGUUUGCCCAUCCGCACGACGUGGACUACCGGCGGCCGGCGUUUCCACCCGCGGCCGACGAUGCGCCGCACUGUCCGUUCGGGGCCGCGUGCUACCGGCGGAAUCCACAGCACUUUCGCGAGUACCAACAUCCCGAUUCAAGUGAGUAUGCAGCCUCCGUCGUGCGGCCGGCGCAACCGGUGAACGUGGUUCGCGUGCCGGUCAUCCACGUUCCCCCUCCACCGCCCACACUGGGCCGCCUCCGCCGGGACAACCAGUUUGUGCGGGACGUCCUGAUGGCGGCCAUCAUCAACGACGUGGGCGCCGACGAUGACACCGAGAGUGGAGGCGACGACGACGACGGACGGAGUUUGUUCGGUUCGGCCAGCGACAGCGACGAUUACGACCCGGAUGGCGAUGGCGACGGGGAACAUUCCGACGACGGUUCGGACGAGUCCAACGAGGAGCGGGAUGAAGAGUGAACGUUGGUUGUUGGUGAUUUUUUUUUGUUUUUCUCACUCUCUAUUGUUACAAAAACGGGGAAUAAAUUUGUUUGUAAGUUAUUACUAUUAGAAAGAGCCGAGGGCAGUUUUCGGUGGAAUCCACUAGAGAAAGAGUCCGUUUCCGAUUUUCCUGAGCGAUACUUUUUGGCAAAUCAAAGUAAGGUUUUUAUUCCUAAUCCAGCUAGACACGACACAUGCACCUUAAAGCUGUACAAAUUUCAUAAAUUAUUUACAGAAUAAAGAAGAAGCGUUUAAAAAAAGAAAA